GCCACCUGUCAGUGUCCAUCAGUGCCAGCUGUCAGUGCUCCCAUCAUUGCCAGUCAGUGCCACCUACCAGUGCUGCCAGUCAGUGCCACCUAUCAGUGUGCAUCAGUGCCGCCUAUCAGUGCCUGUCAGUGCUGCCUAUCAGUGCCACCUAACAGUGCCAGUCAGUGCCGCCUAUCAGUGCCAGUCAGUGCUGCCUAUCAGUGCCACCUAUCAGUGCCAUAUAUGAGUGCCUCUUCAUCAGUGCCCAUCAGUGCCACCUAUCAGUGUCCAUCAGUGCAGCCUAUCAGUGCUCAUCGCUGCAGCCUCAUU